UGUACGACGGCAUGGUGUCCCUGAAACGAAAGGCCCAUAAGCUGGGGUUGAAGUAUAUUAAGAUAAUUUGACGCCCAUUUAUGUGAGCGCUAUUCUGCUCGCCUAGUUCGCUCGAUAACACGUUUUACAUUUUCGUCGCAAGCAACUUGGGAAAAAUUAUGAAGUGUGUUAUUCCCUCGCUGGGGUUUGUUGCCCUUGUUGCAGCACAUGGAUAUGUUGAUAAUGCUACUAUUGGAGGCAAGGACUAUACGUUCUAUCAGCCGUAUCAGGAUCCGUACAUGAGCCCAACGCCCCAACGUAUCUCUCGAGUCAUCCAAGGCAACGGUCCAGUCCAAGAUGUCACUCUAGCUGACCUCCAAUGCGGAGGCGAUACCGUCAAUGGCAUCAGUGGGUCCAAGCCUGCGGCACUUCACGCAGAUGCAACUGCCGGAUCGAAGGUCACGCUUCGCUGGACGCUAUGGCCUGACAGCCACCGAGGCCCUCUCGUCACGUAUAUGGCUCGAUGCCCUGAUUCCGGCUGCACAGAUUUCAUGCCUGGCACAUCCGCCGUAUGGUUCAAAAUUGCAGAAGAAGGUCGCACCGGUACAACCGACACCUGGGGCGACACACCUCUGAUGAAAUCUGGCAACGCGGGCGCCAGCUACACCAUUCCGAGCUGUCUCAAGCCGGGCUACUAUCUAGUGCGUCAUGAGAUUAUCGCGUUGCAUGCAGCGUACUCGUACCCCGGAGCGCAGUUCUAUCCCGGGUGCCAUCAGCUGAAGGUUACGGGAUCUGGGACUACGACGCCGAGCUCACUGGUUGCGUUUCCGGGGGCAUAUAAGGGCACAGAUGCUGGGAUUACUUAUGAUAUGUAUAAAGCGCAAACUUAUACGAUUCCGGGGCCGAAGGUGUUUACUUGCUAA